ACCAGGUCACUGGAAGGUCAACACUUCCGCCAGACGGGUAAGCUGGUGAGCCUUUCUGAGCAGAACUUGAUUGACUGUUCCACCAAGUACGGCAAUGGUGGCUGUGACGGUGGACUGAUGACCGCUGCCUUCAAGUACAUUGAGGACAAUGGUGGGAUUGACACUGAAGAUUCUUAUCCUUACAAGAAGAAGGAAGGAAAGUGUCAAUAUAAACAACAAGAAUCUGGUGCUAAAGUGACUGGUUUUGUUCAUAUUCGCGAGGGAAGUGAAGAUGCACUGAAGAAAGCUGUUGCCACAGUUGGACCAGUAUCUGUUGCCAUUGAUGCCUCACACGGGUCAAUCCAGUUUUACCAUCAUGGUGUUUAUGACGAGCCAGAAUGUAGCUCAACGAAUCUUUGCCACGGUGUUCUGGUUGUGGGUUAUGGCACUACGGAGGACGGAACUGACUACUGGCUGGUGAAGAACUCUUGUGGCACAACUCUGGGUGAUGAAGGCUACAUCAAGAUGAUGAGGAACCGUGGUAACCAGUGUGGCAUUGCUACUGAGGCCUCUUUCCCCCUUGUAUAA